UGCACGCGGACGGCGGCGUCGAGGGCGGUGUCGAGUCCUCCCCGCCGCGGCGUCCGCAGCGCCGCGCCGCGGUGCCGGGCCUGGGCCGGACGGGGACCGCAGACCGAGCCGGGAUGCCAGAAGGGCCGUCUGUGAGGAAAUUUCACCUUUUGGUGUCCCCCUUUGUGGGCCAGCAGGUAGUCAGGACAGGAGGCAGCAGUAAGAAGCUUCACCCUGAUGGCUUCCAGGCACUGUGGCUCCAGGACACCCAGGUCCAUGGAAAGAAAUUAUUUCUUAGAUUUGAUCCAGAUGAAGACAUGGGGCCCCCUGGUAACAGCAACCCAGUGCCAGAGCGUCCGUGUAGAGGAGCACAGGGGAAAGGGGCCGCCGACCAGAAGCAGGCCUCGGGGCCCCACGGACGCAAGACCUCUGAUGGAGCCUUUCGUUCUUUAGAGCUCGUUGUACCCCAAGGAAGUGAUGGCCCUGCGUGUUUGAGGGGAGACACCCCUGCAGGAGGAGCUGAGAGGUGGCUGCAGGUUAGGUUUGGUUUGUUUGGCAGCAUUUGGGUGAACGAGUUCUCUAGAGCCAAGAAAGCCAACAAGAGAGGCGACUGGAAGGAUCCUGUUCCAAGGUUGGUCCUGCACUUUGCUGGUGGUGGCUUCCUGGUAUUUUAUAAUUGUCAGAUGUCUUGGAGUUCUUCCCCAGUGGUCAGAGUCACCUGUGACAUCUUGUCUGAGAAGUUCCAUCGAGGACAAGCGUUGGAAGCCCUGGGCCAGGCUCAGCCUGUCUGCUAUACGCUGUUGGACCAGAGAUACUUCUCAGGGUUAGGGAACAUCAUUAAGAACGAAGCCUUGUACAGAGCAGGGAUCCACCCGCUGGCUCUCGGUUCUCUCCUGAGUCCCUCACGUCUGGAGGCCCUCCUGGACCAUGUGGUGGAGUUCAGUACAGACUGGCUUCAGGGCAAGUUGCAGGGCAAACAACAGCACACAGAGAUCUACCAGAAAGCACAGUGCCCCGCCGGGCAUCAGGUCAUGAAGGAGGCACUUGGGCCACCCAGGGGGUUCCAGAGGCUCACCUGGUGGUGCCCAAACUGCCAGCCCCAGUUGUCCCCCGAGGGACCCUCUGCAUGAAACCUUGCCCAUUGGUGACCGUGACUCCUGAGUAUCUGGAGAGGAGAGUGUGGGCAGGGAGUGGGGCUGGGUGCAGAGGACAGGGUGGUUUGGGGGUGUCAGCGUUGUUGAUGUUUAUCUCAUCAGAGUUGUGUCAAAGGCAGAGUUUUCAGAAGGUUCGAUUUUUUUCCUUUUCUAGUUUAGUUCAUUCUUCCUAUCUAAUUCUACCGUUGUGAAAGAUGAGAAAAACCACCACACCAGGUAAGGGGAAAACCUCCCUUCCUGGAGCGACAAUAGGACAAUGAAAAUGAAAGCCGCUGGGAAAUGGCUGUGCUCCCAGCAUUGCUUUGAGGGUGUUGUGUUUUGUUUCUGAAACUUUGGUUGACUUGAAGGCCCUCCAUUUUGAGAAAUAGGAAAGUAGGAUUUUUUCUUUGUUUCCCGGAAGGGAUCCAGGGAUAAGGGUUCAGCCUCCUGCCUGGAUCCUUCCCCCUGGCGGAGACACCAAGGGGCUGGGGGGUGAGGAGCUGGCUUCCUCCUGGUGUGACCAGUGGCCUUUACGGAAAAGCUACUUGUUUAGUCCUUAAGCUGGUAUAUUUGUGACUAUUGAUAUGUUGAACAAUUCAGAAAUCGAGGGUUGUAGAGAAACACUUCCUCGUAGUGUUGGCAACUGCUAGAUGAAACUAGUGCAGACAUACGAAUAUAAAAAUUUUUGUUAUUUUCUGUUGUCAUCUUUAUUUAUUAUUAAAGGGUCUUAACACAUUGCCA